CGAGUAUGAGAACAAGGAUGAUAAUUCGAUACAGCUUAAAAGUUAUGAAGUUGUUGUUAUACAUAUCAGGAACUUUGCUUAUCUCUGAGACGAUACAAGCUAUAUAUCAAAAUAAAACCGAAUUGUUUAGCUCUGGGUUUCAUGAUGAUUUCGACUUUGAGGAGCGACAAAAUCUAGAUUAUCUCAUUAGUCAUAAUCCAAAUAAAGUGAUAACUAAGGCUGACAACAAACGCCUUUUUGGUGAGAAGAACACUAAACAUGGGCGCAAUAGUAGGAUCAAUGAUGUAAAUGGAACUGGGGUAAAAUACAGAGAUAAAAGAAACAUACAAGUCAGAACACCAUGCAAAUUGCUGUACUUGGACUCAAAGGUUCACAUGCCAGCUGAGAUUGCAUCGUCCCUGGGAAACUGGUUCGGACUUUGGGUACUGGAUGAAACACUUACCUUCAGUGGUUCCCCGUUGUAUAACCACGAACGACUAACAGAACUGCAUCUUUACAGAUUGAACUCCAACCAUUGGGUGAUUGCCCAAGAGAAACGCGAAACUGAUGAUUAUCGUAGCCUUGAUGGGUUUAAAGCUGUAGUAACCGACCCUGCUGAUUUUCCAGAAGAUAUCAAAGAGCCAAUUACUGUCGUGUCUUCUGCAGAUGCACUAAGUCAAUGGCCAGGACUCAACUUAACCUGCGUUUCUGUGGAACAUACUUGCUUAGAAAUAGCUGUAACCGGAAUAGGUUUUGCAUCUUUGCCCUAUGCCAAAUUCAAUGGAGUGUAUCUAAAAUCUGGCGUCGACUCCAAUCGACCAUAUUACGAUCAUAGUUCCCAGUUGCACACUGGCAUCGUAUUUAAAAAUCAGAAAUGGGCAAUGUCGACAUUCAGGUUAUCAAGAUGGAGUAGUGGUCGCAGGUGGAGUGACUUCAUGACGACAAGUGAUUUUGUUUUUGAACCAAAUGACGUCAGGUUUGAAUGGUCUCAGACUUCGAAUUUGGAUACGUCAUUUUCUCACUAUGAUAUCAGCAUACAAUGUAUUAAAGAGGCAACGGAGAUUGUUACACCUACGCUAGAAGCACCAAUCCUAUCAUACUGUCCCACGCUAUAUCUGUCAGGGUUUUACAGUUCUAUUCAGGGCAAUGUCGACGUUAUCAAAGUAUAUGGGUACUAUUUUCUCAUACCCAACAUAACGCAGAACGAGCGUCCAGUAUAUGCACACGAAUCCAAUUCAGCGUUUAUGAGGUUUAUCUGCAUUGGUGAGACAAGUAGUUCUUGGCUGUGGGCUAUCAGUAGGAGCAUUAAUAUAACUGAUAGGUCAUAUGAACUAUCAGUUCUGGAUACAGCUUUGUCUCCUGAGACUAUUUCAGGAGUCUCUUGGAGAAAUGGACAACAGGAGAUUAUAACACAAGUCAGUUGUGAUAAGGAUGGAAGAAAACAUACCAACCAUGACCACAUGCUCAUACUUGACAAUAGCACAGACAAUCGAUUCUCUUACUUACGGGGAUUAUACAACACAACGGGUGAUAUCAUCAAUCAAAGACUUGUAUACCAAUGGAUGAAGCCGACCCUUGGCUAUAUUUCAAAAUUGAGCGAUCUUCAUGUGUAUUACCUCUCGAGCUCAUCGGAGUGGGUAUUAGGGCAAGGAAUAGAGGGGGAAAAUACCACUAUUGUAUGUCGGGUGACUGACCCCGUUCUGUAUCCAACUAAUAUCACCAGACCUUGGAUGUGUGGUGAUUCAAUUACUGGUUUGACCAAUCCAGAACCCUUCCAGUUUUUAUACUUUGUCCCUGAGCCAGAACCAACUACUCAAACAAUCGCUGUUACGUCACCUAAUGAGACUACGCCGCACUAUUCAGAGCCGACAACUCAAACAGUUACAAUAAAGACAGCAAACGAGACUACACCAACGGUUUCAGAACCGUCUAAUCAAGCAAUCACCAUUACGUCACCAAACAAGACUACACCACACUAUCCAGCCAGAGCACCAUGUGGAAUGCUUUACUUAGACUCAAAAGUGCAUAUGCCUGCUGAGAUUGCAUCGUCCCCAGAAAAUUGGUUCGGACUAUGGAUACUGGACGAAACACUUACCGUCGGUGGUUUACCUUCAUAUACCCACGAAAGCCUUACAGAACUGCGUCUUUACAAAGUAAACUCCAACCAGUGGGCGUUUGCACAUGAGAAACGUAAAACUGAUGAUUAUCGUAGCCUUGGUGGAUUUAAAGCUGUAGUAUCUGACGCUGCCGAUUUUCCGGAUGAUAUCAAAGAACCAAUUAUGGUUGUGUCUUCUACAGGUGCACUCAAGCCAUGGCCAGGACUUAAGUUUACCUGCGUUUCUGUGGAAGUAGCUUGUGAAGAAAUAGUUGUAAGCGGAAUAAGCUAUGCAUCAAAUUAUGCCAGAUUUAAUGGUAUAUACCUACAAUCUGGCGUAUACUCCAAUCGACCAUACUAUGACCAUACUUCCCAAAUUAACACUGGUAUCAUAUUUAAGAGUGGGCGAUGGGCGAUCUCAACAUUCAGGGUAUCAAGAAGGAGUAGUGGUCGCAGAUGGAGCGACUUCAUGAUGAUGAGUGAUUUUGUCUUUGAACCAAAUGAUGUCAGGUUCAACUGGUCUCAGACAUUUAAUUUGGACCCAUCAUUUUCUCACUAUGAUAUCACAAUACGAUGUAUCAAAGAGGCGACCACUCAAACAUCUGCGAUAACGUCACCAAACGGGACUAUACUACACUUUCCAGUAAACGGUUUUAUACUUCAAGAGGCGACCACUAAAACAAGUGUGAUUACGUCACCAAACGAGACUACAUCACACUAUUCAGAUUUAGGUGAUUUAAUGGAAUGUUUGACCAACACUGGUAAAUGUUGAGUUGAGAUGGCAUCAUAUCUAACGCAAGAAGUCUGAUAAGCUACUCCUGGAUAUCCAUCAUUCUG